AUGAGAUUCUUUGCGGAGAACUUCUGGGCAGACUGGAGCUUCUUGCAGCGCGCAGACGCUGGGAUCAUUGGACGAGGCUUUCCGCUCCUCCGUCGUAGGAAGCAUCAAGGCCGAACUCUCCUUGCCGUCGGCGUGGCGUGCCUUGCAGUGACAAAUGAGGAAAAGGUUCUUUGCGAUCGCAGCAAGAAUGUUGGACGACAGACCGGUCAGAGUCAGCCAACUGUCACGAAUUCGGCGCUGCGACCACGGCUAUUGAUCCUCCGUGACAUGGUUUGUGGUCUGCGCUGGGUGUUUCUGGACGGAUGGAUGGUCGACGCCAGUGGAGAGGCGCCAGUCGUAUAG